AUAAAAUCUAGGAGUGUGUUUGAUUUAUCACGUCUGUAAACAUGUAAAUGUGAUUGAUUUAAAUUUUGGAGAAAUAGUGUUUAGUGUCAAAGCACUGGAAUAAAUAAGCACACUCAAGUAGAGUAAAACUGUAAAAGACAAGCACAGGAAGUUCAAGAUCACCUACAUUUGGCGGAAAUACUACGAGCUGACAGGGAAGAGCAAGAUCGCCUGCAUUUGGAGGAAAUACUACGAGCUCACAUGGAAGAGCAAGAGCAGCAAGACAGAAUGUUUGCCCUUGCAGUGCAAGAAUCUAUAACCCAAGAAGAAAGGGCGAAAAGGGGUGGCCAACAUUGUAGAAACAGAGGGCGGGGAAGCUUUCUGCAUCAAAAUAGGAAUCAAAGAUCUCGAGGAAUAGGCAGAGGUCAAGGUCAGGAUAGGACACAUCAGGGGACUUUUGACCACGAGCUCGCCCUGUCUCUACAGUUAGAGGAGAGUGAAAGGAAACCAGCAUGGAACAGUGACGGUUGUACACUGAAAGACUCGCUAACCCAAGCAGAAAUGGCACAAAGGAAUGGCCAACAUGGUAGAAACAGAGGAUGGAGAGGUUUUCGUAAUCAAAUUUGUCACAUAUUUCGAGGAAUGGGCAGAGGUCAUGGUCAGGAGAGGACACAUCAGAAGACUGUUGACCAUAAGCUAGCUCUGUCUCCACAUAGAGAGGAGGAUAAGAAGAAAGGUGUCGGGAACAGAGACGAUGGUGCUAGGCCUAAUGUGGUCCCCCCUGUAGCCCCACAAUCUGCAGGUACUCUGCGGAAUGAUCAUCGAAUGCAACAAGAAAUGAGAAGUUCUCGCCAGGACAUACAACAGGCAGUGGCCGCCAGUCAACAGGAGUUACAGCAUCCUCACCAAUCUCAACUUGGAGACCUUGAUGCUGCGCAACUACAAUCCCAAAACCACCACAGGUUGCAGCUGGGCAGAAGAGGGAACAUUGUCAGGGCUCCUGCAAUGCCUGACGUAUCUGUCUUGAAUGAUGACGUAAAUGGUUAUGAGGCUCUUUUAGAACUGGAAGAGCGUAAUGUUGCUAGAGGCUUGACUACGAAGGAGUGCUCCAAACUGCCGACUAAGAGAUACAGACAGACAGACAGACAGUCGGAGGGCUGCAGCGUGUGUAUGGAGGAAUACAAGACUGGAGAUACACAGAAAACAUUGCCCUGUCUCCAUGUAUUCCAUGACUCCUGCAUUGACCCAUGGUUGAAGAACAGCGCAAGAUGUCCGGUGUGCAGAGAAGUUGUUCACGUUUCCUGACUCCAGAAGAGCGUCUAGUUCAAUUAACAGGAAUGUUUUCUUGAAAAUCCACACAUUGUGAACAGAUUAUAGUGAUGUACUGUAAACAUGAAUAGUGAUUGUAUAUUUUUUGACAAGGGCUAUGGAUACAAGUUUGUCAUGUUAUUUCACUCAGCCUAACGCUAUAUUCAUAUGUAUGGGUAAUAGUUCAAAUGUGUUCAAAGACUUACUGACGUAGUCCUUCUUUGAUGGUUGAUGUUUUCUGUAACCUUGGACAUUAUUAAUCUAGUUAUAUUCCAAUUAUGAGCAUAUUCAGUACAUGUAAAUACAUGAAUUUUGAAUUAGCUGACUGCUUUAUCGACGUUUUUGAAAAAAAUGUUGAAAAUCGCUUCAAUGUGUUAAUUUGUGCAACAGUUAAUAUGUCAUUGUUUUAGAAGAAAAUUCAUGUAUACAUGCUUUGAAAUAGGAAACCAUUUUUGGCCGCUGGGCCGCUGGGCCGCCAGGCCGCUAACUUCACGCCGCUAGGCCGCUGAAGUGCUCGAUCGACUUUUUGGAAAAAAAGUUGAAAACGCUUCAGUGUGAUAAUUUGUGCAUAAAACAGUAAAUAUAUAAUUGUUUUAGAAGAUCAGGCAUGUUUAAUGCUUUGAAAUAGCUGACUGCUUAAUCGAAUUUUUGAAAAACGCUUAUAGCUUCAAAGUGUUAAUUUGUGCAUUCAUACAGUUAAUAUGUCAUUGUUUUAGAAGAAAAUGCAUGUAUACAUGCUUUAAAAUAGGAAACCAUUUUAGGCCGCUAGGCCGCUAACUUCACGCCGCUAGGCCGCUGGGCCGCUGAAGUGCUCGAUCGACUUUUUUGGGGGAAAAAAAUAAAAAACGCUUCAGAGUGAUAAUUUGUGCAUAAAAACAGUAAAUACAUCAUUGUUUUAGAAGAACAUGUUUAAUGUUUUGAAUUAGCUGACUGCUUUAUCGACGUCUUUGAAAAAAAUAUUGAUAAUCGCUUCAAUGUGUUAAUUUGUGCAUAAAAACAGUUAAUAUGUCAUUGUUUUAGAAGAAAAUGCAUGUAUACGUGCUUUGAAAUAGGAUUCAAUUUAGGCCGCUAGGCCGCAAGAUCGCCAGGCCGCUAACUUCACGCCGCUAGGCCGCUGAAGUGCUCGAUCGACUUUUUGAAAAAAGUUGAAAAACGCUUCAGAGUGAUAAUUUGUGCAUAAAAACAGUAAAUAUAUCAUUGUUUUAGAAGAACAGGCAUGUUUAAUGCUUUUAGCUGACUGCUUUAUCGACGUUUUUGAGAAAAAAAAUGUUGAUAAUCGCUUCAAUGUGUUAAUGUGAGCAUAAAAACAGUUAAUAUGUCAUUGUUUUAGGAGAAAAUGCAUGCAUAUAUGCUUUGAAAUAGGAUUCAAUUUUAGCCCGCUCGGCCGCCAGGCCGCUAAUUUCACGCCGCUUGAUCGACUUUUUUGAAAAAAAGUUAAAAACGCUUCAGAGUGAUAACUUGUGCAUAAAACAGUUAAUUUAUAUUUUUUUAAAUUAAAACGUAUAGAAAAAUGUUCUGAAUAGAAAACAAUUUAAGGCCGCUAUGUAACUGUAUGAAUAAAAAACUUUGAUUUAUCAUUGUUUUAAAAAAAGACGCAUGCUUGGAAAUAGAGAGAAAAAAAAUAGGCCGCUAAGCCGCUAGGUCGCCAACUUCACGCCGCUAGGCCGCGAGGCCGCGAGGCCGCUAACUUCACGCCGCUAGGCCGCUAACUUCACGUACAUUCAACAAAUAAACAAAACAGUCGUUCAUUCGCAUUAUGGACAAAAUUUGCCAAACUUUGUAAAACAAAACUAUUGUUAGUAAUUCCCAUUUUUGACCGAAACACGGCUUAAUUGUGAUUGAACUUUUUCAGCUUUUUCCACGAUAUGCCAAACGACAAUUAUGAUUAAAAAAAAUCCUUUCGAACAGUUUACAUUUCAAACGCACUUUUCAUGUGAUAGUUUAAUUCUAGAAUGUCUUGUUUCAA